AUGAAUUACGAAGAACAUAUGUUAUGGCUAAAAAAUAAUUGUAGACCAUGGGAGACAGUGACUGAGUACUGGUCUUUGACUUCGAAGAAACGAUUGAAAGACCUUCAAAGUAAUACUACUCAGUCUUGUCAGGAAUAUAUGUAUCAGUUUCCAGCCCUUUCUGAUCCUUCAGGCUUCGUAUUACUGGAGAACGAUUUUGAAACGUUAUAUCCAGAUCAUAAGUUAAAAUUAUAUGUUAAUUGGCCAAAACUAUCAAGUUUUGUAAUGAAUAAAGUGACGACUAAACUGAAAAAUCGUUUCAAUGACGUCUUUUUACCAGCACAAAAUUGGAGGCCCUCUAGAAAAGAAUCUGAAGAAGGAUUUAUUUUGCACAUAAAGACAAUCGCAGAUCUUGAAACAAGAUUGCAGGAGCGAACAGCAAAAUUACUAUCAUUUGGUCAGCCUUCACAACCUAUUGCAGUAAUAGUUGGUCCUUCUUUCGACGAAAUUAAGCAGUGCUUUAUCGUUAUAAACACAUUCCGAUAUGAAGUGGAAACACCGAUAAAAGCUGUGGACCUCAUCUUCAAAUUGUGUAAUACUUUGAACAUUCGAUACCCUUUAGAGGUAGGACAGCUGUUCAUGUUUUUGCAAAGAGGUGUGUAUGGCAUUGAAACUGUUUGGGAUAAACAAAAAAAUUCGCAGCUUACAUCUUCUGUUCUGGCAACAGUUCAAGAAUAUAAAUCAUUGAAAUCGUAAUUAUUGUUACGGA